UCAACAUUUAUACACUGGAAGUCAAAAUGAAGUUGAACGUGUUUGUGGAAAAUGUUUUCUUCUGAAUGCUACUGAUAAUGGACUUAUCACUGAAGUACCACCAAAUAGUGCCUCACUCACAACGAAGUUUAUAUGAGCACCUGGUACAUGGGCAUGGUCAGGAGCAAUGUUUGAUAUUGGUAUGCCAACCUACUCACCCACUACACCUUUAGCAUUCAUAUUUGAUGAGGAAGCUGGACGACCAGAUAUGUACCAAACUCCUACAUGCUACAAGAAAGAGAAGGAUUCUUCCAGUCUUAAGUGUGAUAAACUUCCACUGAUGAGAGACAGUUACAUGGGUCUUUCAGUAGCAACAAGUAACGCAAUCAAUCCAGGUUCUAAUGAGGUAUUCUAUGCUGCAGGAGCACCAAGAGGAAAUCAUACUGGCGCAGUAGUAUUUUUCAGAAAAAAUACAGACAGUUCCGGUGAUAUAACACUGGUACCAGACCCUGCUAAUGUGUUGCUUGGUGAAACUAUCGGAUCAAGUUUUGGAUAUGCAAUUGCAUUGACUGAUAUUAAUGGUGAUGGGUUAGAUGACUUAAUUGUGGGAGCACCACAAUAUUAUGAAUACUCCAAUCAAAACAAGAGAGGAGGGGCAGUAUAUAUUUACUUGAAUGGACAAAGCGGAAUGAGUAACGUUGAACCACAAGUAAUUUAUGGACAGCCCGAUUCAUACUUUGGUCACUCAGUUGCUGCAUUGGGUGACAUAGAUCAAGAUGGUUAUAACGAUUUUGCAGUUGGAGCACCUUAUGAAAAUGAAAAUGGUGUAGUUCAUAUAUUUAGAGGAUCGAAUGAAGGAAAACCUAUUAAGGCACAGGUUGUGAAUGCGAUUGAUUACACCAAGCUCGAAGGUUCGGGAAUAGAAAAUAUUGUUGGAUUCGGUGCAUCAUUAUCUGGACAAGUUGAUGCAGAUAGCAAUAAGUAUCCUGAUUUAUUGAUUGGAACUCUUUCUGAUCAAGUUGCACUGCUCAGGACUCGCCCAAUCAUCAGUGUUAACAUGUCUUUUGAUAUAAGUCUGACUGAAAUUGAUCUUGAAGACAAGAAUUGUUCAACACCUGGCGGAAAUCAUGCAUGUUUUGAUAUUAGCUACUGCUUUGUAUACCAUGCUCGACAUGAUGAAUACUCAGAAAAUGUGGAUAUCACUUACAAACUAACAUUAGAUAGUAUUCGUCAAGAUGAACUUAAAUCUCCAAGAGUAAACUUUCACACUAUUGAUGGUCCUUCAGUUAUAAAGAGAAAGCUGACUCUACCUAAAGCUGGAGAAAAAGUUUGCCCAGAACAAGAUUCACAUUUGAUAUUUUUUAACAAUGGUGCAGAAGAUAAACUGAGUGAUAUUGGACUGAAAAUGGAAUUUGAUUUAGAUUUAGAUGAAAUUGAACGAGAAAAAAUUGGUGAAGAAAUUUUCAACAUGAUUAAGGAUCCCAUUCUUGAUGCUGAUCUGGAUAAAGAAAAACAAAAAAUAGUUCGAAUAAAAACAUCUUGUGGUGAUGAUGGUUGUCAGAGUGAUUUAAAACUCAGUGCAUCAAUGCCAGAAGAAGUUGUUGUGGGUGAUGAAUCAGAGCUUCCUGUUAAAAUUCUUGUAGUGAAUGAUGGAGAAGAAGCACAUCAGUCUUUCCUCACAGUAUCAUUGCCUCCUAAUAUUGAUUUUAAUAAUUACACAGUGGAAGAUCAGUCUAGCCGAAUUGUUUGUUACCCGACCACUUCAGAUAAGUUAUCCUUCAUUAAAUGUGAUCUUGGAAAUCCAUAUAAACCAGAAACAAAAGAUGAGAUUAAAAUAAUACUUGGUGUUUCAAGGCUUACUCCACAGGAUAAGUUGAUCGAACUUGAAAUAAAAGGGUCAACAUCAAGUGAAAAUCCUGAUAUCGCACCGAUAUUACUUAAAGCAAGAGUAAUGAUUGAACUAGAUAUUUCUCUGAAUGUUUUUGCUCAACCUGAGCAGGUGUGGUACAGAGAAAAAGAAAUACUUGGUGAGAGUGGUAUGCAAACUACUGAAGAUAUUGGGCCUUUGACUGUGUAUACAUUCAAUGUAAUAAAUCAAGGAAGUCAACCAGCCUCUGGAAUAGUCGUGAACAUUGAUUUUCCUAUGGAAAUAAAUAACGGAAAAUGGCUGCUUUAUUUGGUGGCAUCAGAUGUAAUAGCUGGAAGUCCAGUGCCUGCUGGAACAUGUAGUGGAAAUUAUGUAAAUGUUCUCCAGUUGGACCCACGGCUGCAAGCACCUGCAAAUAUUAGAAGCAAGAGAGAAACUGAAUCAUAUUCCAAGAUAGCACCAGAAGCUGAAGUGACUGCAAGUGGUGGCUUCAUAAGCAAGAUAACUUUUGCAUGUAACAAAAGAAGUACGCGAUGUGUUAACAUCAAGUGUAAUUUGGAUGAAAUUGAAUCUCAAUCAACUACUUCGAUAAUUCUGCAGAUUCAUGUAUGGGAACCAACUUUCUUGGAAGAGUUCACUCAUGUUGAUCUUGUCCAUAUUCAAACACAGAUCAGUUUAACAUCAUCUAUUGAAAAUGUUCGAUUCAAAGGAAAUAAGACGCACGGAAUGGUACAAACAACUGUUGACCAUGAUUUUUUCAAGACUGAUAUAAGAUCAACGUUUCCAUGGUGGUAUAUCCUGCUUGCAAUUAUAGCCCUAUUGUUGAUCUAUAUUUUGGUAAUUUUUAUUCUGCUGAAAUGUGGAUUUUUCAGAAGAAAACGAUAUUCUCAUACAGCCAAUGAUGAAGAUGAUAGCAAGGUUGUUCUGGAGGAAGUUAGAAAACGAGAUGCUGAUGAGGGAACUGAAAUAUAGAUCAUUCAGCUUUCAAAACUCAUUUCUGAUAAAAUGUACACUCUUCUGGGAAAUUCUUGAACUCAUUGCAUUAUAUUUCUAGGCGCAACUUAUUGUGAUAUGAGCGCGUUAUAGAGUGUUUUAUUUUGAGUAUUUCCUUUAUACAGAAUUCAUUGACUAUCUAUCUGAAUAAUUGAAUUUUAUAAAUCUUAAGAUAAGACAAAUACUUUUUGGAAUUUUCAAUAAAUUCAAUAUAAUUAUU